AAGGUUACCCAAAGUGUGAAGUUAUAAAAAGGGAAGGGAACAAACGAUAAAGCAAACAGCAGUGCUGUAAGAAGAAAGCGGAAUUUCACUUCAGGUGAAACAUCUCCAUCAAGAAUGUCUACCCCUGCUGUACCGGACAGUAAUACACAAAAUGGCUUUACAAUGGUGACCCAUCUAAUCCCACCAAGUGCAACAGUGCAAAAUGGAGCUAUGUCUGGGGUUCCUACUGCUGGAGUCCCUACUGCUGGGGUCCCUACUUUCGGAGUCCCUACUGCUGGGGUCCCUACUUUCGGAGUCCCUACUGCUGGGGUCCCUUAUUUCGGAGGCCCUACUGCUGGGGUUCCUACUUUCGGAGUCCCUACUUUUGGUGUCCCCUCUGUUGGAGUCCCCAGUGUUGGAGUCCCCAAUGGAGUACCCAAUGUCAAACUUGGAAAAUUUCUAAAAAUACAACCAAAAGCAUUGGGGACUGUCCAAAUAUUAACCGGGGUGAUAACUCUGGUGUUUGGCAUAGUGCAGCUAUUCGGCCAAUUACCGUUUUCUGUUUUUUCUGGAAUUUAUUUCUGGGGCUCUUUGAUCUACAUCAGUGCUGGCUCUCUGAGCGUCAGUGCAGAGAAGAAACUCAACUCCUGUCUGGUGAAGGCGUCUCUGAUAAUGAACGUGUUCAGUGCUAUAACUGCAGCAGUAGCCAUCUUAUUGCUGUCAUUGGACUUUUUGGUACAAACAGGAUAUGACCCUUGCUACUACCCCUACAACAACUACGAGGCAUGCCAGGCCUACCUUCAGUUCUUGAGUCGGACACAGGGGAUCAGUGGAGUGCUGCUGGUUUUCUCUUUGCUUCAGUUCAUCAUCUCCAUCUGCGUCUCAGCGUUCGGAUGCAAAGCCACCUGCUGCAAUGACCCAAUGGUCUCUGUUGUAACUGUAGCUCCGACUCCAGCAGCUUGCUGUUCCUUAACCAAUCCUUUCUAUGCACCCAGCAGACCUCAGGACGUGUUUUACAUUGCAAAUCCUAAUGUGAAUGUGAACAACACACCUACCCAGAAUCCUCCAGCAUACGUCCCAAACUCUCAAAAACCUGAUGAGUGAAACUAAUGGAAGAAGACCUCAGACAAUAACUGCAUAAAGAUGCUGCAUUUUGCUCUGUAAUCUUUUUAAUCACUUAAUUAUAUUGUUAUUGUUGAUGUGAUGGUAAAAUCCCAGCUCAUAUCAAAUCAAAUGUGUUUAUAUAAAGCUUUUUACAAGUGAUGUUGCAAAACAGCUUUACAGAAAUCUGGUAGCAAAAGAGAAGGCGAAGAAAAAACACACAACUCUCAGAGAGCGACAGCAGCCUGGAAAAAACUUCCUCAGAUCUGAAGGAACCAAUCCUCCUCUGGUCAGACUACUUAAAAAAUAAUGAUAACCAAUCACUACACAGAAAUAUAGAUAUGUUUUGUUCUAGUGUGCUGACAUAAUAAGAGAAGUAGUCACAGAAAUAAUGAACAUAGCAAUAAUAAAAUAAAGUAUAUUUCUCUUUUAUAAAAUGUAUUUCUUCCUUAUUUAGGAUAAUGGACCAAUAAAAAAAUACUCCAUUGUAACCCUGAAUACAAAAAAUACCAAUGCAAAAAAAAAAAGUAAACAUCAAUUCAAGCAUCAAGUCAUUUACAUAAUGCUAACUAUAUUUUGUUUGUUUUCAAACCUGGCAACACGGGAACACUGGAAAAAAUAGGAAAAUAGGAAAUAGGAAAAAUUUUAUAUUUAAUUUUUUAAAAUAAAAAUUACGAAGUAGGGCAGGCUGAGUUUACUUUUGUUGCUUUUUGCUAAAUAAACUUUUGUUAAGUCAGAUUUUUUUCUUUAAAACUUAAAACAAACGUAAAACAAUUUACAAUAAUACUUGAGAACUGGACAUGUUUAGACCAAUGGUUGGUUAAUAGGCCAGUUAUUAUAAAGACAAACAAACUCUCUAAAAACUGAACAAUCCUGAUUUUAUUAUUAUAAAUGAACACAAUGAGUUAAGAGUUGGAUUUAUUUGUCCCACAUUAAAUAUCCCAUUAAACAACAUGAAAUACCAAAAGUUUUAAUAAAAAAUGUUUUAAUAUUUAA